GCCGCCCAACUGUAACACUCGAGUUGGGAUCGGUCCCAAAACUACAGUUGGGACAAAUCUAAAGUUGGGACGGAAGUUCAGCAAUAACAACAUAAUAAAGAAUCAUCAUGAUCAUGUGCUUGCCUGGAUGGAUGUGUUUGUAUCCGAUCAAAUAAAUCAUGGUCUGAUUAUCAUUAUGGCGUGAUCACUUGAUGACAAUUGUUUGUGCCCCAAUCCCGUGACCAUCGUGUGAUAAACAAUAAGUUUAUUAUUAAUAUAAUAAUUCGAAGGGCCAAAACGGAGGAGUCUAUCCUGGACAACUGUUUUUAACACCGCACCUUCUGCGUACACUACUACUACCUAGUACUAGUACUACUACAGUCCUCAAUCAACGAAUCAUGGCGAUCUUAAAGUUUGUUUCCAUUCUCUUGGCUUUGUUGCCCGUUGUGUUGUGUGAUACUCCGGCCAAUUGCACCUUUGAGGAUGUAGUGGGACAGUGGGAGUUUCGAGUCAGCGCUGGCGGAGAAGACAACACACUCAACUGCACAAAACCAGGGCCAGUUGAUCACGUGAUUCAUAUCGACCUCAAGUUUCCAGAUGUUGCGAUUGAUUUGACCUCUGGCCAUAAAGGAUUCUGGACGAUGGUUUACAAUCAAGGAUUUGAAGUUGUCCUCAACGAAAAGAAAUAUUUUGCCUUUUCCCAGUACACUGACGUCAAGAGCAUAUGCGAUCAAACUCGUCCUGGGUGGUCUCACAAUACAGUGGGAACUGACUGGGCAUGCUACGUGGGCUCAAAAAUUCCCGCUGAAAAGAGUUCUCCAGGAAAACCGACCAAAGAUUUGUCCCAGCAACUGUUCAAAACCGACUUUGCCUUCAUUGAAAAGAUCAACACUGCCCAGAAUUCUUGGAAAGCUGGAGUUUACCCGGAAUAUGAGAAGAUGACAAUUGAAGAAAUGCUGCAAAGGAGAGGGGGUCGAGCAUCAAAGUUGGCUAUGAAGCCGAGACCUGCCCCAGUAACAGAAGAAAUAAGAAAGGUUGCGAGUAACCUGCCGUCUUCCUUUGAUUGGCGCAACGUCAACGGGCAGAAUUUCGUAACGCCUGUAAGGGACCAGGGAGCGUGUGGAAGCUGCUACGCAUUUGGGUCUCUAGGAAUGAUCGAAGCGCGUCUACGCAUCGCUACUAAUAACACCAAGACGACAAUUCUAUCUACUCAAGAUAUUGUGUCCUGCAGCGAAUACUCGCAAGGUUGUGAAGGAGGUUUCCCAUACCUCAUCGCCGGAAAAUACGCCGAGGAUUUUGGACUGAUUGAAGAGUCCUGCUAUCCUUACCAUGGAAAAGACAGCACCUGCAAGAAAAACUCUUGCAAGCGUAUCUACGGAACAAACUACGCGUACGUCGGUGGGUUCUACGGUGGUUGCAACGAGGAACUGAUGCGCAUCGAGUUGGUUAAGAACGGACCAGUCUCAGUCUCAUUUGAGGUUUACAGCGAUUUUGAGUUGUAUUAUGGCGGGAUAUACCACCAUGUCGCUCUUGAAGAUGGCGUCCCAGGAUUCGACCCUUUUGAGCUUACAAAUCAUGCCGUCUUGGUAGUGGGUUACGGUGCUGAUCCUAAGACUGGAGAGAAAUUCUGGAGUGUGAAGAACAGCUGGGGGGAAAGUUGGGGAGAGGAUGGGUUUUUCCGUAUCCGACGUAGUACAGAUGAAUGUUCCAUAGAGAGCAUUGCUGUCAAGUCCUUCCCAAUUUCACCAUAAAGAACCAAUCAUUAAUACUAAAAAAAAACCAGAGAAUAUAUUAGUAAUAAUUAGUAAAGUCUGUCCCUAGCCAAAUCACAGGGGCCCAGUUUCAUAGAGUUGCUUAAGCACAAAAAGUACGUAGCUAAGCAUAACAACAUUCUGUUUAACAGAAUAAAGUUGCCAGCUAAACUACCAUAUCACAUAUACAGUUUGUGACUGGUAUCAUGCUAAUUUCUGCUUAGCAGAUAAUUGUUUAGCAACAUGUUCUUCUUAAGCAGAUCUAUGAAAUUGGGCUCAGGCCGGUGAUUAUAUCCAGUUUCAUUGGCAUUAAAUGUCUAAGAAUAUUUCUUCUCCCUGGACAAGAUGAAAAUCCAUUGCAGCUUAUUCCCCAACCUUUCGCCGGUACCAAUUUCUACUCUUGGAGAAGCAAUUGUCUUUUUCUAUGCUCAAGUGUCGUUACUGACCAGGGCCCAAUUUCAUAGAGCUGCUUAACGGUCGAUUUUGUGCUUAACGGGUGCACCUAGCAAGUUUUUCA